UUUGAAAUACUCUGAGCAUAGAAUUCUCUCUGAACAAUACAUCUGAGCAAACUGUUGCAGUUGGGACUGAGGCAUUCAUCCUGCACCAUGAGAUUGGACCCAGAACAGAACAGAGAGCAAGACGCUAUUCUGGAUCUGGAAUCAGAACCCGAAAGUCCCUUAGAAUCCCCUGCAGAUCUGUUUCAACCACUGGGCCAUUAUGAAUGGAAUUUUUAUGAUCAUGGAAAGAAAAAAGUAGUUCUGCCUCCAGAGGUGAUGCGAAAGCUUAGUGAGCAGAGAAAUAAUCCUGUGUUUCUGGAAUGCCGGAUUCCAAAGAUGACAGAGGAUGUGGCCAGGAAUGCACUUCUCAGCUUUGUCAAUUCUAAAUGCUGCUAUGGCAACAGAGCUGCAGGCGAGCUGGUCAUUCAGGAGCUGAAACAGCAAACAUUACACCGAUAUCGACUGGAGACUUUUAAUGAAAUCAGAGUAAGCGAAUGGACUUUUGAGCCUUGUACUAAUGCUUUGAUAGAUGGGCCACAAAAUGGUGCACCCCCUCGAUUAUGGGAUAUUAAAGUCCAGGCUCCAAAAAUGUUUCAGGAAGAUGCAAAAAAGUUCCGUGUUCCUCACUCUUCUUUAGUCAAGGAAUGUCACAAAUGUCAUGGCCAUGGCCGAUAUAAAUGCAGUGGGUGUCAUGGUGCAGGAAGGUUGAGGUGUGUUACAUGCUGUGGAGCCAAACAUAGAUCUAAAUACCAAAAACGGUGCCAAAUGUGUUCAGGUACUGGUCGUAAAAGGUGCAGCACUUGUUCUGGAAGAGGCAACAAAACCUGCACGACAUGCCAGGGGGAGAAGAAGUUGCUACAUUUCAUCCAGCUCAUAAUCACUUGGAAGAACAAUGUAUACGAAUUCAUUUCUGAUGAUCAGUUUAACUUCCCAAGGGAACUGCUCAGUACAGCCACGGGAGACAACAUAUUUAAAGAGGAAAAUACUCUGGUAUAUCCUCUUGUUGACUUUCCUUAUCCUGAUAUGGCUCUGGCAUCGCAAAGAGCAAUAGCAGAUCAUAAGGCAGCUUUCACAAGGACAUCUAACAUUCUGCAGCAGAGACAGAUUGUUGAGCUGAUUCCUGUCACAGAAGUUCAGUAUCAAUAUGCGGGAAAGAUGUACCUGUAUUAUGUCUAUGGAAUGGAAAACAAGGUAUAUGCCCUGGAUUAUCCAGAGAGGUACUGCUGUGGCUGUACCAUCAUCUGACAGUGAAAUACUUGGCAAGGAGGAGGAUUCCCUUAGUACAAAGCAAGCUAUUUUUUUUUCCUGACUAAAUUAUCCGACUGUGAGUGCAAAUGCCAGGAAGAGCAACAUGUAACGCAGUUGCAGUGUUCAGAGCUAAGCAUCAGAAGACACAAUAAUUAUAACUUCCCAAAUCUUGUUUAUGCUACAGUUUCUACAAUUACUAUAAUUGUACCUCUUUAGAAUUAAGCAUCAAAAAUUCCAUGUCUGAAAAGAAGCACCAUAGGAGGAAACCAAGGAAGAGACAAGACGAAAACUACUCUAGAGGAUUAUGCCUUCAGAAUAAAAUAUGCUAAUGAAGCCAAUGGGUGCAAUAAAAGCACUUGCUUUGAAUGCAUUAUGUUGAU